AUGGUUGAGCCAUUCUGGGGUCCUCAGACCUCUUAUCUAAAUUUCUGUGAAGAGGAUUAUACAAUCACUCGAUAUAUCGCAGAAUUCAUCAAUACCAUUAGUAGUCUCACAUAUGUGGCAUAUGGACUCUAUGGUUUGUUGACCUCCCCCAAGUUCCCCACGGGCCCCCGGUUGAUCUCAUACUGUGGACUCAUGGGGGUUGGAAUUUGUUCAGCUGGCUAUCACAUGACGUUGAAGUACCACACCCAGAUGUCUGAUGAACUGUCAAUGCAUUUGCUCACUACGCCUCUUAUCUACCGUCUUCUCACCUUCAAGGCUUCACCAGAAAAAACCCGACUGAUCGGCAUCAUCCUCUCAAUAAUCUUUACAACUGUCAUGGUCACUCAUAUGGUGAUGGAUGAAUUUAUCUUGCACGCUACCACAUUUGGAUUGGGUGUCUACAUCAUUGCUACCCGGGUAUUAAAAGUCAUUCCACAGCAGGUGAAGGACCCCGUCACCAUGAAGAAGCUCCAAAACAUUGCCAUUCUUGGCCUUGGAUCUUUUGUCUUUGGCUAUGUUGUUUGGUUGAUUGAUGAAUUCGCUUGUCGUUAUCUAACCAGUGCUCGACAUACGAUUGGUCUACCUUUUGCUUUCUUGCUUGAACUGCAUGGAUGGUGGCAUGUUUUCACCGCCAUCGGAGGAUACACUGCCGUUGCAGUCAUCGACGUUGUAACGACGGGAGAAGUGACGGAUGAUCCAACGGAUACCUUUGCUUGGCCAGUCCCGCUUGCGGUGAAGCUGAUGUCUGGGAAAUCCAGUUCAGUGAAGCAAGGAUAA